ACUACUGAGACGAAGGCGAGUGUCAGAGCAUUUCCGAGAACUGAGAACAAUGUCAGCUUUGAGAAUUUGCUUAUGCUUAAACCCAGUGCUAUUAAACAGAUUCCUUACUCAAACAAAUUUGCUCAGCUCCUCUUGUGCUCUCUCUUCAUCACUGAAAUGGACCUCCAAAAGCCUUUGCUGCAGUUCCAAAUCCAUUGUUCAUAGUAAUGGAGACACAUCAACUUCUCUCUCCAGAAAUUGUCCACUUUCAGGGUUAGAGGAUGAGUUGGUGGGUUAUAGAUUGGGGAAGAAGAAAGCAACAGAAGUGGCUCAUUUGGUUUGGAGGCAUGUCCUACAUAAAGGGGAUAUAGUCAUAGAUGCCACAUGUGGCAAUGGUUAUGAUACCUUAGCAAUGCUCAAAAUGGUUGCUGAUGAGUCUGGUUCCGGUCGUGUUUAUGGAAUGGACAUUCAGAUAGAUGCUUUAAAGAAUACUUCUUCCUUACUGGAUGCUACUGUCACUCAGAAAGAGAAAGAACUAGUAAAGCUCUUCCCCAUUUGUCAUAGUAGGAUGGAUGAAGUAGUUCCAGAAAAUACUGCUGUUAGACUUGUUGCGUUCAACCUAGGCUACCUUCCUGGAGGUGACAAAGGUAUCAUUACAACUUCGAAAACAACAUUGUUGGCCUUGGAAGCUGCAAAGAAAAUGCUAAUAUCGGGCGGGCUUAUAAGCUUGGUGGUUUAUGUGGGACAUCCAGGUGGAAGUGAAGAAUUGGAUACUGUUGAGGCCUUUGCCUCUAGAUUAUCAGUCGAUAGCUGGACAUGCUGCAAGUUCCAGAUGUUGAACCGACCAUUAGCUCCAGUACUUGUUUUCAUGUUUAAGAGAUGAAACUGCGGAGGAUUGCCAAUAUGUAGCAAGUUAUGUACUUUAUAAACUGUGCUUUAGGAUAUUAUAAAUUCCUUGAAAAUAUAUGUUUACUUGUAUAAAUUCGUUUACGAAUAUCAUCUAGAGAAGCUUGAAACACCUGUGCAUUUGUUAUCCUGUACUUUGCUCAAAGGCAGCUGCAGUCUUUAAGACUGCAAUCUGAGGAAUGAAAAAUGUUAAGAGAGUUAUUUUUCCA